UUUAAUAUGGUCGCAGUGAAACUUUGGCGCUGCUGGCUGUUGGUCGCAUUUGUUGUUGGACGUAGUGUUAUUUGCGGGUAAACGAUGUCGCGACUAAUUGCUGGCGCUCGCAGCGUUUUCCAACGCCAUCCAUUUGUGACCAACAGCGUCAUCUAUGGCAGUCUAUAUGUGGGUGCUGAGUUCUCACAGCAAUAUAUCUCCAAGCGUUGGCUCCCGCCAGCAGCGAAGCGCGAGGAUAUUGAUUAUGCAACUGUAGGACGAUAUGCUGUAAUGGGCACUGCCAUCUAUGCUCCAACACUCUACGCUUGGUACAAAUGGUUAGAUCGUACAUUUCCUGGUACACUAAAGCUUACCAUUGCUAAGAAAUUAGUGUUGGAUCAGUUUAUACUGACGCCUUAUUGUCUGACACUUUUUUAUGCGGGUAUGUCGCUUAUGGAGGGCUCCGAUGAUAUAUUUUUGGAACUACGCGAAAAAUUUGUGCCUACCUUUAUACGUUCCUGUGGAUUUUGGCUUCCCGCUCAGGCCUUGAAUUUUCUAUUUGUAGCGCCACGUUUUCGUAUUAUUUAUAUGGGCGUCUGUGGCAUGAUCUGGGUCAACAUAUUGUGCUGGAUAAAGCGGCAGAGUCUGUCCACAGAGCCCGCAACAACAGCAAGAGAAACUUCCACAGACAAUGUCAAAGCGUGAUUAAAUUAGUUAGUAACUUAUCAUAUUUAAAGGACAUACAUAAGUAUGUGAAUAUAUAUUUGAUACAGUGCAAAGAUGCUUUGCAAAAUAAAUACAUUCCAAAUAUA